CGUUACAGUCACUGACUGGACUUUACUGUGCUCUGUUAAGUCUCAAUAGAAGUUGACACUGUAAAACAAACAAAAAUAUGGAGGCAAUAUACAGUGUACUGGGCUUUGAGUGGAUGGACGGCAGAAGUAUUUUGAUAUUUCUGUUUGUUUUUCUGUUGUUGACCGAGGUUUUGAAGAACAGACGGCCACCAAACUUUCCUCCAGGACCUUUGGCUCUUCCUUUCAUUGGUCACCUUCAUUGCCUGGAUCCCAGCAGAAUCCACCUGCAAAUCGGGGAGUUUGCAGAGAAAUAUGGAAACAUUUUCAGCCUGCAGCUCUUUGGUGGAAGGGUUGUGGUCCUCUACGGCUACAAGCUUGUGAGAGAGGCCCUGGUCCAAAAUGGAGAGGACUACAUGGAUCGUCCCUCCAUACCACUGUUUGAAGAAUUUUUUGGGAAUAAAGGUCUGGUGGCAUCGAGUGGCCCUUCAUGGAAGGAGCAGAGGAGGUUUGCUCUUCGUACGCUCAGAAACUUUGGUUUGGGCAAGAAGAUGCUGGAGCCAGACAUCCAGCAGGAGUGCCAAUACCUCACUGAGGCUUUUUCCCUUCAGCAAGGGAAGCCUUUUAAUGCCCAGGCACUGGUCAACAAUGCUGUGUCCAACAUCAUCUGCUGCCUGGUGUUUGGGGAGCGUUUUCAGUACACUGACAAGCAGUACCAGAGUAUUUUGAAGAAAUUCAAUGAGCUAGUGUACUUAGAGGGAGGUUUGUGGGCACAGAUUUAUAACGCAGUACCCUGGCUGAUGAAGUGGCUGCCUGGACCUCACAGGAGGAUUUUCUCUCUGACACAAGAUUUAAUUGACUUUGUCCAAAUAAAGAUCAGCGAACACAGAGAAAGCAUUGACCCCUCCUCACCAAGAGACUACAUCGACUGCUUCCUCACAGAGAUGGAAGAGAUAAAGGACAAAGAUUCUGGCUUUAAUUUAGAGAAUUUGAGUAUUUGUGCUCUGGACCUGUUUGGUGCUGGAACUGAAACCACUACCACAACUUUACACUGGGGACUUCUCUACAUGAUCUACUACCCUCACAUACAACAGCAAGUCCAGGCUGAGAUAGAUGCUGUUGUUGGUUCAUCCAAACAGCCGUCUAUGACUGACAGAGAAAACAUGCCCUAUACUGAUGCAGUCAUCCAUGAGAUACAGAGAAUGGCCAACAUCAUUCCCCUCAAUUUGCUUCACAUGACAAACAAGGAGACCACACUCGACAAGUACACACUUCCAAAGGGCACCCUGAUCCUGCCCACACUGACUUCAGUUCUGCGUGAUGAGUCAAUUUGGGAAACUACGCACUCCUUCAACCCAAAACAUUUUCUAGACCAGGAAGGCAAAUUCAAGAAGAGAGAGGCCUUCCUUCCUUUUUCAGCAGGGAAGCGUGUGUGUCUCGGGGAGCAGCUGGCCAGGAUGGAGUUAUUCCUCUUCUUCACCUCCCUCCUUCAGAGGUUUUCUUUCUCAGCCCCCGCUGGGGAGCAGCCCAGUCUGGAUUACAAGUUAGGAGCCACUCUGUGUCCUAAACCUUAUAGACUCUGUGCCGUACCACGAUAAACCACCAGCUGAAUCUCUGUCAUCAACUACAUUUAUCUUAAAAAUAUCUCCUGUAUUGUUAUUUAACCAUGGUCACUCAACAGUAACUUUUAAAAGUGGCUGUCAGGCUUGCAAACAGGCACCAGCUUUUGGUUGCCAAAGCUAAAAAACAUGGUUGCCAAUUUAAGCAACCUUAUAUUUUUAAAUAAUUAAGAUACUAUGCAUUAUAUGUCACCUUAAUAUGUUUAAGGAAUGUUUGAAUGUUUUAUAACUGUAAUUGUGUAAAAUUCUUGAUAGUUUGUGUUUUAUUUGACACAAGGUUAAGUGUUAUCAGUUGAUGCGUUAGCUGGUCAGCAGGUGUACCACCUCCCACCUCCUGCAGCCUCCACAUCAUUAUGUUGUUGAGCUGUCCGCUCGUCUUGCUUCGAGCUUCGGUGUUUGGCCUCGUGGUUGUGUAGGAAGUGCUGACUUGAGCUCGUGAACUUCAUUUGUCACUUGUCGAGGUUUAUGUUGUGCAUGUAUUGAUUUCCGUCCAGCUCAAAGAUGACGGGAUGCUUUUCCUCCCAAGAUUUGCUGUUUUUAGUUCAGGUUUAUCUGUUUUUAUCAAUCAAUCUGAUUAUAAAUUCAUGAUGUUGA